GCAGAAUCGACCGUACUAUCUCGUUCGCAAGAAAACGAAAAAUCCUGGGCGGCGGGACAGUACCAACUGAAGCACAUCAUUCUCUUUCUCUUCGGAUCUCACCACCGCCGUUCACGGCGGUGCCUCCGCACCACUCGCCAUCGUUCUCACUUCGACCCCCCUCUCGCCGGUACUGUGAAGGUAAAGUCGUUAACGAUGGCGGAAGCCUCUGGUAGUAAGCGUUGUGGCUUAUUGGCUCUUUCUGGAGGCUGAAGAAAGGUGACAUCUCCGAUGUAGCUGUUUUGUUGAAUGAAAUCUGUGGUGUAGAGUAAGCUGUUGUCAUGUGAGAACAUUGGGAGUUUUUGUCGCAUUUGCUGAAUUUACUAUGAUUGUGUAUGGAAAAAACUCUUAUCUGCAACAUCAAGUGCCGGCAUUCGAUUUUGGUGUUUUCCUGACAGGGAAACCCUCUGCCACUGCCACCUUCGCUGCUGGCAUUCAAGUUUGCCUCCUCUACUUUUCCUUUCAUGUAUCCUGAUUUGGACACCUGUGUACAUGAUGAGAUGGUGGUCGCAACCUUCAAAGGACCUCCUAGCGAGUGUUGUGAAAAUAAGAAAAUGGAAAGAAAGCCUUCUGGGAGAAGACGUGUAUUUGUUCAGACUGAUACUGGGUGUGUUUUGGGAAUGGAAUUAGAUAGAUGUGACAAUGCCCAUACUGUGAAAAGGAAAUUGCAAGUUGCAUUCAAUGUUCCAACUCAGGAAAGCUCCCUUACAUGCGGGGACAUGGUCUUGAAGAAUGACCUAAGUGUGGUUAGAAAUGAUUCUCCACUUCUUCUCACUAAGACUUUUUUACACAGGAGUUCAUCUACUCCAUGCCUUUCACCUACUGGCAGGGAUCUUCAGCAGAGGGAUCAGGGUGGGCCAAUUGAGGUUAUAGGUUGCUCAGAUAUGUUUGCAGAAACCAAACAACUGGUUAAGGAUAUUAUGAAGGCAAUAAAAGUUGGCAUUGAACCAAUUCCCAUUCACGGUGGAUUAGGUGGUGCAUAUUUUUUUCGGAAUAGUAACGGUGAAAAUGUUGCUAUUGUGAAACCGACUGAUGAGGAACCUUAUGCACCAAACAACCCUAAAGGUUUUGUUGGCAAAACUCUUGGACAACCAGGACUGAAACGUUCAGUGAGGGUUGGGGAGACAGGUUUCAGAGAAGUUGCAGCUUACCUUCUCGACCAUGAUCAUUUUGCGAAUGUGCCCUGUACUGCCCUGGUGAAGGUCAGACAUUCUAUUUUUAACGUUAAUGACAGGGUCAAUGGUAGUAUGCAUCAUAACAAGAAACAAAUAAGCAAGAUUGCAUCACUACAGCAGUUCAUUCCUCAUGAUUUUGAUGCAAGUGAUCAUGGAACUUCUAGUUUCCCUGUUGCUGCUGUUCACAGGAUUGGGAUUUUGGAUGUGCGAAUUUUAAACACCGACAGACAUGCAGGAAAUCUUCUGGUCAGGAAGCUUGAAGGGUCUGGAAGGUUUGACCAGGUGGAGCUUUUUCCCAUUGAUCAUGGUCUUUGUCUCCCUGAAAGUUUGGAAGAUCCUUAUUUUGAAUGGAUCCAUUGGCCUCAGGCAUCAAUUCCUUUCUCAGAUGACGAACUCGACUACAUAUAUAAUUUAGACCCAUUUCGAGAUUCAGACAUGCUUAGAAUGGAACUGCCCAUGAUUCGAGAAGCAUGCUUGCGAGUUUUAGUUCUCUGCACAAUCUUCCUCAAGGAAGCGGCAGCUUUUGGUCUUUGUCUAGCAGAGAUUGGUGAAAUGAUGAGUAGGGAAUUUCAGGGACACGAAGAAGAGCCUAGUGAGCUUGAGCUUAUCUGUAUUGAAACAAAGAAACAGUUAGAUCAGGAAGAAUUAUUUUCUUUUGAAGCAGAAGUAGUAGACAAGGAUGUAAUUCAGUUUGAGUUAGAUUGUGAGUAUCAGGAUUUGAAUUUGAAUACAAAAGUAGAAGAGAAACUGUCCGUGAUGUCACCUUUUCAAGUUGGAGCAAGAAAUGGAGUCGUUAGGAACACACUUUGUAAACUAGAGGAGAGUGUGAUGGAGGAGGACGAGACUGGAAGUGAAGGAGAGUUACCCCCUUUAGGUGGUCACGAAUACAAUGGUGUGGGAAAUGGGGUGCCUAAUGUUUCAAAGCUAUCUUUGUCUGUGAAAAACACGAGAGCUGGUGAAAAAGGUUGGCAGCCAUCGGGUAUAAAGCAAAAGGGUGGCUUUUUAGCUGGUACCUCAUCUGGAAAUACAACUGUGAAUGACUUGCCUGCAAGCUCAAGUUUCGUGAAGUUAACAGAUAUGGAUGAAGACAGGUGGAAUCAGUUUCUUGAGAAUUUUCCGAGGCUGUUGAUCCCAGCAUUUUUUAAUUGCAGACAAGGAAAUGCGAGCAAGAAGCAGAGACAGAGACUUGGAACUUCAUGCCAAUUUUAGGGGGAACAUAGAUGAAAGGUGAAGCGAGUUAAUAAAUAAUAGAAGCUUUUACAAUGUGUCCCAUCCCAUGGUACACAUUGAAUUAUUAUAUAUAGAUAAAUAAGUACAGAAACUUUACGUUCGGAAGUCCAGGAGGAAGAAGUAUGCUGGAGUAGAUAGUAGUGAAGAAUUGCAGGUAGUGAGGUCUUGCAUCAGCAAAUAGAGCAGGGGAUUUUAUUCAGCAGUAGGUGUGAAGAAUGUGUCCUCAUUUGCUUCUUUCUAUUUUUCAUCUUUAUGUUUACUGGUUAGUAGUAUGUUGAAUAAUCGAGACUAGUAGAUAAUACCAAAAUAAGUUGUGUAUACCAAAUGUUUUUCUUGGAGAUCUAAAUGAUAUUUCUAGUGUGGUUUGUUUGUUGCCU